UCAUCAAGAUAACGAUAACCACCGUAAGGCCUUAGAAGCCCAGUUCCACUACAAUGAACGAACAAACGAUAACCGAGCCACUUUUAGAAGUUUAACUAAGUUGCAAGCGAAAGAUCUUUCUGAAAGCACAUUAUACAUUUCAUUAUGUCCAUGAAAGGAAAAGUAGCUCUUGUGACGGGUGGAGCACGAGGAAUUGGAAGGGCUUAUACUACUGCACUGCUCAACAAUGGAGUAAAAGUUUGCAUUUGUGACGUUAAUGAAAUUACGGCAUCAGAAUUUAUUGGAAGUCUCCCAGACAAUCUAAAAAAGAAUGCAUUUUUCCAAAAAUGUGAUGUGACAGACCACAGGAAUUUCAAAGAUGCCUUUGAUAAAACUAUUGAAGUGUUUGGAAAAAUUGACAUUGUUGUUAAUAAUGCUGGAGUACAGGAUGAGCAUAACUGGAAGAAAACCAUUGAAGUUAACUUGAUGGCAGUUAUUCAAGGUGUCAAACUUGCUUUCCAGUAUAUGGGAGUGGACAAUGGUGGAAAAGGUGGCUCUGUGGUUAACACAGCGUCCGUUGCAGGUUUGGUGGAAGUUCCAAUUUCUCCUGUAUACUGUGCUACUAAACAUGCCGUUGUUGGGUUGACUAAAAGCUACGGAGCAGAAUACCACCUAAAGAAAAGUGGGAUAAAAGUGAAUGCCAUUUGUCCAGGUGCUGUAAAUACAUAUCUUUAUCAAACUUUUGCUCCUAGUUGUCUAGAUGAAGAAGAGGGGAAAAAAUUUGCCGAAGCAUUCCCAUUAGUUCCUUUUGAAGAUCUGGGAAAGGGCUUGAUUCAAAUAUUAGAAGAUGGUAAAAAUGGAUCUUUACUGGUAGUAGAUGAUAAAGGACCACAUUAUGUAUAAAAUACUUUCAUAUCAUCACUAAAAAAAUAAAGAUUUAACGUAGAAACUUUU